AUGAGAUAUGCAUAGAAAGACUAGAUAAUUAAGCACAGUUAAUGGAUGAUUUUAAACAGAAUUCACACAGCUAUGCUUAUUAAUGAGUAUGAAAAUGCUAAAAGAUUUUUAUUAGAUGAGAUUGGAAAUAAAACUUAGAGCUAUUAUAUAUAGGAUGAAGCUGUUUUCGGCACUAUGUUAUUUAAACUUGGUUAGGAAAACAUGAUAACUAAUCAAUGUGUCACAUUUACAAAAUGGGAUAUAAAAAAUUUAAACUCGCCCGUUCAAUUUGAACUUGUUGAUGUGAGUUUAUUAGAAACUGCGAGGGAAAGAGGUUGCUUGUUCUUGAGAAAAACAGGACCUGAUACUGAAUUUAAGGUUGAUUUCAAAUUGAUGCUAGCAAAUAAAGAUAAGUUGUCUUAAGAUAUCAAUAUUCUUGAGAAAUAAUUUAAUGAAUUAUGA